AAUAAAUUCUGGGAAUAUUCCCCUAUGUUAUGCAAGGUUGUGCAAUGUGGUUGCAGUGAAAUAGAGCUGUUGAGUUGCACCGAGUUUUACCUCAGUAGAGAAACUGCUUCGUUGAUGCCUCAACUCGAUGACCAUCAGGGACCGUCAGUGACCAGAAUCUAAUUUUGGAUCAGAGGGGAAAGGAGGUGUUUGUAUACCAAGUGGACAGCGCUGUAGUGUAAUUACCAACAAGAUGAAGACUCUGUUUCUUCUCUCUGCCCUGCUGACAGUCGUAAGUCCUCGAACCUAUCGGAAGUGUGAGCUGGCCCGUGAGUUAAGAGACUAUGGCCUGAGUGGAUAUCAAGGCUACUCGCUGGAAGACUGGGUGUGCAUGGUUGAAAAUGAAAGCAGUUAUAGAACCUUCAUAGUUAACACCAAUAAAGGGAGGAUUGUUUCCAGGGACUACGGACUUUUCCAGAUCAACAGCAAAUGGUGGUGUGAGGAUGGACAGACUUCAAUUUCACACAAUACCUGUGGGAUACAGUGUUCUGAUCUACUUGACGAUGACAUCCGGGAUGAUGUUGUGUGUGCAAAACAAGUGGUCAGAGAUCCCCAAGGAAUGAGCGCCUGGAGGGGCUGGGACAGUCGUUGCCAGAGAGAUCUUCGCGAUUUCCUGUCAGAUUGCGAUCUGUAACAAGACAUGAAGCCCACUCACUGGAGCUGCGUUCUGCAAUCAACCCGAGAUUCUGCUAAUGACCUCGUAUUACUGCAAGCCCAGCGAACCGGCGAAGCAUUCGCCAUUUCUAGCAGCGUUGUUGGCUUUUCUGAGCAUUUGAUUGAGAUGUGAUUGGAGCUUAUUGUUGUAUGUUUAAAGUUCAAACCAAAUUUGCUAUUAAAGUGCCUAUAUGUUACCAUA